CGAUAGUUCUGUGAAGAUUUCAAGAUGUCGAGUUCCGAUCGACGUGAAGGAGACCGUGGCAACUAUGACCGAGGAGGAGAUGAAGACCGAGGGAAUCAAGAGCGUCGGGCGUACAGACCGGUUACAUGCUUUAACUGCGAUGAACAAGGUCACUACUUGAACCAAUGUCCACAUCGAGAUCACCGUCCUUACCGACCGUCUACGUCUACGGACUCAAGACGAUCGUGCUCACCGAGGACGUUCAAGACCAGAAGACGUUCGCCCCCUCACGGGGAAUCAGAGCUACGGGCGAAGGUGGCGGAGCUGUCAGUGGGGGUUGCCUCGAUCAAAGAGCACUUUGACGAAGUGCGCGCUAAGAAAGAGGUGAAAGCUCGUAAGAAAUGGGAGAAGGAGCAACUGAAAGAGGAAGCUAGGAGAAGGGAAGAAGAAGAGGAGGCGCAGAGAGCGGAGCAACUAGCCAAACAAGCAGCAAAUAAGAAAAAGGAGGAGAAGGCCAAGAAGGAAGCCUUAUUGAGAGCAGAGAUGAAGAAAGACGUAACUCUUCAUGUUGCGCUUAUGAUGAGUGAGAUUAAAGACGAUUGGCUGCACCAGUGGAAGACCUCGGUAUUACCGGCGAUCGCAGGCAGCGUUAAGGAUAUCAAGGGCAAGAAGAAAGUGGAGUUCGUUUCUGAGGAAGACGACGAGUCGGGCUAUAACACAGAGGAGAGCGAAACAAGCGUUACACAGGAGUUGAGUGAAAAGACGGAGAGGUUGUGCCUUUCUGAGAAACGUAAGAGAGAGGAGGACGUGAGGAUGGAGGAUAGCCCUCCGAUGGAACAGCCAGCCAAACAAACACCACGACGACAAGCACUGAAGCCUAGCGCAGCCAAUCCAAGGGUGACUAGAUCAAGGAGUAAAGCGAAAGGACUGCGUUCAGUGAUUCCUGCGAAGGCACGUACCCCCGUGAAGACACCGUUAUCGAAGUUGAGUAAGACAAAGAAGGGGUCACCAAGCGGCAGGUUGACACCGGCGAGUAAGGUGUUAGCUCGAUUGAAAUUUAGGGACGCCAUCAUCAAAGAGAUUAAAGAAUGUAACGCAAACGAAUUGCAGCGCAUGUGCAGGGAAGAAGGAUUACAUUACGAGGGGAAGCUAGACGCUAUCUUCGACUUGGCCGAGCAUCGAGCGAAGCAACAUUUUGGACGUGAGGGUGAUAUUGAGGGGGAGGUCGUGAGACUGACUGAUCUGGGAGAAGCCGAGGCCGAAGUCUCCGAAGAAACUGAAGGGUGAUGUGGCAUCGCCCUGACACGUUGGUGGGAAUUAUGUAGGUAUAUCACGCACGUUCGAUGUUCCCUAGGCUGUACGAACAGUAAAUUGGAAGAGUUGCU